CUCAUGAUAGUGCUAGGAGUGUACUACGCGCAGGGGAGUUGGAGCAGCUGGGGAGAGUUUCUGGGGUUAAUUAAUGGAAGUUAAUUAUUAAUAAUUAACACUGCGUUCCCGAAAGUCGGUGCAACAGUACAGGCCCAGUUGAUAUAACAAAUGUCAUUGACAAAUGAACUUGAAGAACUGCGCAGAGCAAAUAAAAAUCUUUUGCACCGAUUGAAUUUAAAAUGUGAAGAGUUUAAGAGACGCGUUACAGAAGAAAAAGAUUCCGGUUUUAGAAAUGUAGCUGUCCGUGAAGGAUUUACUAACAAGGAUGGGGUAGUGAGUAAUAACGGACGCAUUACCGAGGAAAAAUGGCUAAACCAGGAUAAUGAGCCCACUCUGAACUCUAGACAAAGUAAAGCAGCGGCUGCCAGGCAGGCUCUGUGCACUCCUAUAAAAGCCGUUUGUUUGAAUACAGAGCAAAGUAAAAAUGUGACUUACAAGAAAACUGAGAAAAGAGACGAGCAAACAAAUGGUGUGGUUAUCAUCAGAUCUCCUGUUAAACGUCUUUCCCACAAUUCUGAAAGUGUCGCUAAUGGGAGGUGUCAGUACAAACCUCUGCAGUAUGUAGAUCAGUUAAUGGACGAAGGGAACAUUCGGAAUAAAGAACCCACACUCCUGAAAUCAAUUCUUCUGACUCCAACGAACAAGGACGCCAAGAAAGAUCCUGGGCAUGUGACUUUUGAGGCCAGUGACAUGGAUCCUUGCACAGAGCAGUGGGCAGCUCGUCCCCUUCUUGGUUACGACUGGAUAGCUGGACUUUUAGAAGUAAACUCUCCAAUAACCAACAAGUCCGAUGAAUAUUUUUCUGAUAUUAAUGAAUUUCGUCGGGUCAACAAGGAAGAAUGUGUUCAUGAUUAUUAUACUCUGUCAGAUCUUCAGGACUUAUCAGCUGAUGAUGAAGAGCUGGACUUAUCUGCAGAUACUCACAAGUGUGUCUACUGCUAUCGAGUGAACGAUCGUUUGUUUACAUCACCUAUGGGCCCUGAAUCUGCCUGCCCCAUCUGUAAAAAACGCAGAUCCAGGCGGCACCCUACAUUAGAGGAGCCUGCGUAUAUCCGGAUAAGCAUUCCCAGAUCUACCCUUCAGCCUCCGUAUAAAUACAAAGCACACCGUAGGCGAAGCUUUGAUCCUACAGACAGCCUCGCUCUACCAUCUCACUGCUUAGCUGGCUGGGAAAAUGCUGUACCGUCCUCUGAGUUCAACGUCACAAGCUUGGACCUUAAAACAUCAGUGGAACCAAAAGCAGCCGUGUCUGGGAAAACAAAUGAUAUUAAUAUAGAUAACAUCUCUCUGUAUGCAGCUAGGGCAAGAUCGGAGAGUCUUCUCAAUAUGUCUCGCUCCAUCCAUUUCCAGCACAGCAAAGCAAAAUAAACAAAACAAUGAAUUACAAUAUUGUUACAAUACGUUUGCCCUCUGGGCGAGCGAAACUAAUUACAAGAGACUGUGACCAAUAUACUGAGAUAUUCUGAGCUUGUCCACCACUGAUCAACAGCCUGCUUGUCUCGCUCUCACUUCUGCUCUGACUAGAUCAAGGGGGGCAAGUUUUUGGCUGAGAUGACUAAACAAAGUGCUAAAACUGCUGUUUUGUGAUCUAAUAAAAUGAGUGGAUGAGAAUAAGAAAAUAAAAAUGUGAUUUCUGUCUUGCUAAAUGACGAGCCUAAAACUGCUGUGUAGUUUCUAUUUUUCAUGUGAAUAAACAUUUUAUUUUUUAUUUUUCUUAAAUCGUCAUUUAACGUUUUAUAUUCUAAUCUCAAAGUGGUUAAUUACAUAGACUAAAACAUCCUUGCAAUACACUUUUUUUUGCUUAUUUUGCCCCCUUUCCUGUAAUUUAAAGGGACACUAAACACAAAUUGUAAACCGUAUAAUAAUAAACCUACAUAUAUAAGAAUUUUGCAAUGAAAACUGCAGCUUUAUUUUGUCAAAUGAGAAUUGUUUUAUGUUAAUUCUUUUCACUGAUUUCCCUGUCCCUCAGAACAAAAUGACCCUUGCUAACCAAUCACAAACUAAUAUUCAGCUAUAGCACAAACUCUGUUUGCACAUGUGCAGAUUGGGGUAGCACUAAUUCAACGUAGUUACUAUUGCAAAUAAUUAUUUGCCUAUCAUGAUUGUUGAUGCAAAAUUGCCUAAAAGUAUUAACCCAAGCAUCCCUGGGAGAAAGUGAAACAAACGUAUAUUACAACAAAAAGCUGAAAGAUAAAUAAUAAAUGUAUAUUGCAAUAAUGGUUCUCUUGAAAUAAUGAAACAUUUUAUGUAUUGUUGAAAUGUCAAGUUUUGGUGUUGACUGUCCCUUUUAAUGGUGUACAUUUUAAAUAGUUUGAAGCUUUCCCAGACUUUAUAUUAACUGAUUUAACCACAUUAUCGAGUCAAUAAAACACUUUUUUUUGUCCA